AUGGCUCGAUUUCCCGCGCAACAAAGCCGGCCGGUCCACGCGACCCCGUAUGUUAGCCACCCUGCUCCUGUCGAAUCGAAUUAUGAUACUGCCAACCCUGCGUACAUCCGCAAAUACCUUCGCACCUAUGGAUUGACUCCUCCCCGCGCGGAAUCCUAUGAAGUCCAGAAGACUCGAUGCUUGGCUCAAUUGGCUCUCAAGAGCACCCCGAUCGACAAAUUCCUCUACCUCAGCACCCUCCGCAAAAACAAUGUUCACUUGUUCUACCGUUUGGUCUCAGACCACCUCAAGGAAUUGACACCCUUGAUUUACACCCCGGUUGUGGGUGAAGCAUGCCAGAGAUGGUCGGAGAUCUACCAGCAGCCCGAAGGAAUGUACCUCAGCUGGGAAGAUCGCGGCAAUCUGGCCGCCGUCAUCGCCAACUGGCCCCAGCCCAAUGUCGAGAUCACAUGUAUCACCGAUGGCUCCCGAAUUCUCGGUUUGGGUGACCUUGGCAUUAACGGCAUGGGUAUUCCCAUUGGCAAGUUGGCGUUGUACACUGCAUGCGCGGGAAUUCGUCCCGAGGCUACUUUGCCUCUCACGCUGGAUCUGGGAACUAGCAACAAGACUCUCCGGGAAGACCCGUUGUACAUGGGUAGUCGCCGCGAUAAGGUUACCCCAGACCAAGAGCGUGAGUUUAUGGAUGAGUUGAUGGCUGCUCUCACCGAGCGCUGGCCUGGUAUUGUUAUUCAAUUCGAAGAUUUCAAGAACCCCUUCCCCGCUCUGGAGCGGUAUCGUGAUGUCUACACCUGCUUCAACGAUGAUAUCCAGGGUACUGGCGCUGUCAUCCUCGGCGGUGUCAUCAAUGCGGUGAAGCGUUCCGGACUUCCCUGCAAGGAGCACCGCGCCGUUUUCUUUGGCGCGGGAAGUGCCGGUGUGGGCGUUGCCCGUCAGAUUGUCGAGUUUUUCAUGCGCGAGGGCAUGACCGAGGAUGAGGCCCGCUCUUGCUUCUACCUCGUCGACACCAAGGGUCUUGUCACCGCCGACCGUGGUGAUAGACUCGCUGACCACAAGGUCUACUUUGCCCGCACCGACAACGCUGGCUCGCAGUUCAAGACCCUUGAGGAUGUCGUCGACCAUGUGAAGCCGACCAUCCUGAUGGGUUUGUCCACCAUCGGUGGUGUCUUCACCCCUGAGCUCCUGCGCAAGAUGGCCGACUGGAACACUGCCCCCAUUAUCUUCCCUCUGUCCAACCCCUCUUCCAAGUCCGAAUGUGACUUUGAGAGUGCUGUCAAGUACACUGAUGGCCGUGCCCUCUUUGCCUCUGGUUCCCCCUUCCAGCCCCUCGCAUUCACCAACUCGGCUGGAGAAACCCGCACCUACUACCCCGGCCAGGGUAACAACAUGUACGUCUUCCCCGGUAUUGGCAUGGGCACUAUCCUGUCCAAGUCUGUCCGGGUCACCGACAGCAUGAUCUACGCCUCGGGUGCUGCUCUUUCGCAAGCUCUCACCGCCGAGGAGAUCGACCAGGGUCUCCUCUACCCCGACUUGACCCGCAUUCGCCAGGUCUCCGUCGUGGUGGCCCGCAAGGUCAUCCGUGCUGCGCAGGAGGAUGAGGUCGACCGUGAGACCGCUCUGCGUAACAUGAGUGACGAGGCCCUCGAUGCCUGGAUCAGAGCCCGCAUGUAUGAUCCCCACACCGAGGUCCUGGCCUUGGAGCGGGAAGUUGGUGCCCUGCUGUCCAGCCUGGGCCCCACCUCGCUGGCCCUGUCGAGCCUCCAGAACGAGGAUGAGAAGAAUGCUAAGUUGUAA